AUGGCUGCUGAGCGGUCGGGACUGAUCUGCCCAAAGGGGCCUUUAGAUGAGCGGCUCGAUCAACUUCUUCGACAGUUCUGGGAAGUGGAAACCGAUCCGAUUGUGAAGGCGUCAAAGGAAGAACUGGAUUGCGAGAGUCACUUUGUUAAAAACUUCGUGCGGUUAGAAGGUGGUGCCUUUACAGUCAGGUUACCAAUUAAACACAACAACGGUUUAUUGGGUGAUUCGCACUCACAGGCUCUACGUCGCUUCCAGUCGUUGGAGAGGAAACUGUUUCAUCAGCCCGAACUGCGCACUCAGUAUUCGGCCUUCAUAAAGGAGUAUCUUAACCUAGGUCACAUGUCCCUGGUUCCGCCGGAGUUGCAUCGAGAUUGCAAAUAUAUUCGACCGCUGACUGGCGACAUUUGUAAGAUGUACCGUUGUGUGAGGAUGGCGUCGUCUGACAGCUUUUUGCAGUGCAUUCUGUGGCGAGACUCCCCUCUGGAGGAGCUACAAACAUAUAAAUUGGACACUGUUACAUAUGGAACAAAGCCUGCGUCCUAUCUAUCCGUGCGAGCGAUGUACCAAUUGGCUAAGGACGAGGUGGAAGACUUUCCAGUGGGAUCCGAGAUCUUGCUUCGAGAUUUUUACGUUGAUGAUCUCAUUUCAGGUGGCAGUUCCAAGGAGGAGGUUGUUGGCAUUUUAGCGCUGAUUUCAGCGUUUCUGUCCAAGGGCGAAUUUCAGCUGCGGCAGUGGUGGUCCAAUAUCUCUAGCGUGUUGGCCGGCUCCACUUCAAAGCCGUCUCGACGUUCUGUCCUGUCAUCAAUAGCGCGGUUAUACGAUCUGCUGGGCCUUGCUGGUCCAGUGGUUACUAAAGCAAAAAUAUUCUUGCAGAAGCUGUGCCGAGAGCAUCAUUCUUGGGAUGAAAGCUUACCUCAGGACAAGAGAUCUGCCGGAGCUUAA